CAGCUCAUCUCCUUCCUCCCUUGACUCAGCUGCUCUAGCCUCCCUGGAGCUGCAGGGGUCAAUUUAGGGGCCCCCAAGCCCUGCCUUAUUAAGUGCUGGUAGCAGAAACAUGAGGGCCUGGAGCCUUCUCCUCCUGGUGGCCCUCCUGGCUUUGGGGAGCCAGCUGCCUGCUGCCUCGGCCAGGACGAAGGGAGAGAAAUUUGGGGGCUGCCCACCGGACGAUGGGCCCUGCCUCCUCUCGGUGCCGGACCACUGCUUGGAUGACAGCCAGUGUCCUGCAAGGAUGAAGUGCUGCUACAAAGCUUGCUUCCGCCAGUGUGUCCCUUUGAUCUCUGUAAAGCGGGGCAGCUGCCCCAAGGACCACCUGCACUGCCUCAGCCCUGUGCAGCACCUGUGCAACAGGGACUCAGACUGCAGGGGCUCCAAUCGGUGCUGCCUCGGCGCCUGUGGUCGAGACUGUCGCAACCCCGUCUAAGGCUAAUUCUGGUUUCGGAUCCUCAGCAUGGGGUCCCUAGCAGGAAUGGAUGAUGAUAGGGGGCCUGGGACCCUGCCACCCAGAUCCCGCUAUCUCUGCCAGUGGCAGUUUCAACCUUCUGAUGAACACUGAUCUGCUGUCACCUCCCUUGCCUCCCAUCCACCCCUGGUUUCUCCUCCUGGGAGUCAAGGUGCAUAGAUAGACUCCUAUCACCCUGCGCCACCUCCCUAUCUCCUCUGGUGUUUCCCCACUUAAAAUGCCCAAUUCAGGUAGGCCCCUCUUUGUGGGGUCCAAACCCCUCCCCUCAGGCAGCCCAGCCACCUUGAACGUACGUUCUAGCAGAGUUUUCCAGACAUUUUCUAUUUGCAUACCCCUUUCCACCAUUUGUGACACACCUGCACAAUAGCAUCUCAGUAUCUUGCAUACUGCCUAUACUAUUUAUCUAAUGUCUUUCUUUAAAUGGACUCCCUUUUCUAUAUAAAUAAAUUUAUUUCAAAAGAAAACCUUGACAUCAUCACUAUAAAUGGAAUACGCAGAAUCACUUGCCACGAAUAAAAUGUGAUUGUAAAAGCAAA